UUUUAUUUUACAGAGAGAGAAAGACUUAGAAUGGUCUAAUAUUGCCAGUCAAUGGUUGAUAACCUUCUCUCUCCCCCUUUAAAUGGUCUGUAUUAUAUAAAACGAGUCUACGUUUCUCUUUCUUGCUGUAUAGCUCCAGGGUCUUUAAGAGCUGCUGAAUCUUAUUUGAGGUGGCCUGGUCGACUUGUUUUGUUUGAUCACCAAACUUUUAAUUUCUCCUUCUUUUCCGUACCUGGGUGUUUUGCUAUUCCUAGUUUUGUGGAGCCUGCUGAGACAAAUGGAGCAACGUUCGCAUGUACCGCAGUUUGGAAAUUGGGAGAGUGAGGAGAAUGUUCCUUACACCAUGUACUUUGACAAGGCCCGGAAGGGUAGAACUGGGGGGAAGUUGAUCAAUCCAAACGAUCCUCAAGAAAACCCGGACAUACUUUCUAGUUUUGAAGCUCCAGAUCCAGCUCCUCCCAAAAUCACAGCUGAACCUGAGAAUCAAAGGGGACAGGGAGCAGUUAGAACCGAGCAACGGAGGAGCAGAGAAGAUAGUGAACAUAGACAAUACAGGGACUCUCCUGCACGUCAUGAUGAUACAAGCCGCAAAUCUGUCACUGAAUCAAAUCAUCAACGGCAGGGAGGGCGAGUAGUCGGUUCUGGUGAAACUUACAAGAGACCUGUAAGAAACAGUGUUGGGUCUGAGAACAGCUUUGACCAGUCGCCUCUGCACAACCAGGCGAGAAACACUGGGAGAGGUAGUGGGGAUCCAUCCUCUCCUGCUUGGGAAGGGAAGAAUCUUUACAAAAAUAGCCAUGGGACACCCGGAAGAUCCAGAAUGAAGCCAACUGCUAGAGGCGAUGAAAGUCCUGAUGCAGGUGCUGCAGUUCCAAAAUUCGGUGCUUGGGAUGAGAAUAACCCGGCAUCAGCUGACGGCUAUACUCAUAUCUUUGACAGAGUGCGACAAGAAAGGAACAAUGGCCCGAGAGCUCCGGGCAUGGCAAGUCCAUCUCCAUACAACAACGUUCAUCGGCAAAAAGCAAGCGACAGCGUCAAGUGUUGUUGCUUUCCAUGGGGGAAGAAAUGAAGUUAUCUAAAUUGAUUGAUGAUGAUGAUGGUGAGACUGAGAGCUGUAAAUACUUUGCAGUCUCUCUGCAAAGAGAGUAAGUUCAUUUAAGUGUCUCUCUAAUGGUAAUGGUGUGAUUUAUUAUGUCAUAAUAAACAUAGGCUUUUGAUGAGAAAGGUUUUCCUUUUGUUGAGAAAGGUUUUCCUUUUGUUUUGUCCAUUUUGAUUUUCUGGUAGUAGAUUCUUUGGUUCUAUUUGAAUUCUUAAUGUAUUCUGCUCUCUGUUUUUAUCUCUGUUGUAUUAAUUAAGAUAUUCAUCUAAUACUCAGCCGGCUUAUUUGUAA